UUUCAAAUCAAAUCUGCUCGUCCAAUUAUGGGCUAGUAAUAAUUUCUCCUGAAAGAGCAUAGGAAGAAGAAGUGAUUAGCAAGCAAACCAUAAUUAUUAAUUAUCCGCCCCUAACAAUUAACAUAAACCCAUUCUCAUGUUCUUUUAUGACUACAGAGAGUAAGUUUGUGAAAAAAAAAAGAUCUUGAAUUAUUGUUUUUGAUAGAUAAAUAAUAAAAUUUGAUCAAAAAAGAAGAAGAAGAAAUGGAAGGGCAAGAAUCAAAAUACCCAAAUCUGUAUCCGAAAGAAUCGUUGGUUAAGCGUUACAAGCUCAUUUGGCGUGUUCUUUUGAUCUCUAAUCUGGGUCUUGGAGCUUAUAUGUUUGCCAGCGCCCGAAUGAAAAAUUUGAUCAUACGAGAUAGAAGAUCUACAAAGAAAGAUGCGAAAGACAUCCCAGUCUUAAGGGAAGAUCCCUUGGAGACGGCAACAACUCCUUCAAUUCCUGAGACUCCAUACCCCACUCCAGCUGUUGUGAAACCAAAGGAUCCCAUACCUGAAGAUCAGCAACGUGAGCUUUUCAAAUGGAUUCUGGAAGAGAAACGAAAAAUGAAGCCAAGGAAUCCCGAGGAGAAGAAACGAAUUGAUGAAGAGAAAGCGAUUCUCAAACAAUUCAUACGGGCAAAGUCCAUUCCAAGUGGUUGAUAUAAUCUGUGAGGAUGGUUGAGGGGACCCUCCAUUUUUAACUUCCUUCAGUUUCAACCACAACCGCAAUUUUCCAUCCAGUCU